AUGGGGGCCCCCCUGGGGGCCCCUCUAGGGGCCCCUGAGGGGGCCCCUCUGGAGGGUACUGGAGUAUUCCCUCUGGGGGCCCCCACGGGGGGCCCCCCGGGGGCCCCCCUGGGGGCCCCCCCUAUGGGGGCCCCUCUGGGGGCCCCCCCUAUGGGGGCCCCUCUAUCUACUGAGGCUUUAGGGGCCCCCCUGGGGCCCCCCAUGGGGGCCCCCCUGGGGGCCCCUCCGGGGGCCCCUGAGGGGGCCCCUCUGGAGGGUACUGGAGUAUUCCCUCUGGGGGCCCCCACGGGGGGCCCCCUGGACUCUGAGAUGUUGGGGGGCCCCCUGGGUUCGCCUUUGGAUUUUUGUUUGGGUUCGUUAGAGGGGCAGGGGGGCCCCCAGGGGCCCCGGCCCCCCAGGGGGCCCCCCUGGGGGCUGAUGUAUUGGGGGCCCCCCUGGGGGCCCCCCUGGGAGGCCCCUCUGGGGGCCCCCCAGGGGGCCCCCCUGGGGGCUGAUGUAUUGGGGGCCCCCCUGGGGGCCCCCCUGGGAGCUGAUGUAUUGGGGGCCCCCCUGGGGGGCCCCCAGGGGGCUGAGGUGUUGGGGGCCCCCCUGGGUUCGCCUUUGGAUUUUUGUUUGGGUUCGUUAGAGGGGCAGGGGGGCCCCCAGGGGCCCCCAGCAGGCAGCAGCAAAGAGAGGGGGGCCCCUGAGGUGUAUGUAGCUGCUGGGGGGGGCUACACACAAAGCUGUAAUAGAAAGACAGAAUGCUGCAGCAGCAGCAGCAGCAGCAGUAGCUGCAGCAGCAGCAGCAGCAGCAGCAGCAGCAGCAGCAGCAGCAGCAAGUUGGGGGCCCCAGAGAAGCGUUUUGCUUCGUUGGCUUUUCAUUCUACAGGUCUUGCUGCUGUGACGGAGGCAGUUGCUGCUGCUGCUGCUGCAGCAGCAGCAGCAGCAGCAACACCUAAAAAAGCAGAAAACAGCAGCAGCAACAGCAGCAGCAAACGCAGCAGCAGCAGCAGCAGCAGCAGCAGCAGCAAGAGGAAAGGGGCCCCCUCUUCUUUGUGGCUGCGGUCCUCACAUUUGUCUUUAUGGGCAACAAUAAAGGAGAGAGCAGCAGCAGCAACAGCACAGCAGCAGCAGCAGCAGACACACAAGAAGCUGCAGCGGGAGAUACAGCAGCAGCAGACGCAGCAACACCACAAGCAGCAGCAGCAGCAGCAGCAACAGACACACAAGAAGCUGCAGCAGCAGCAGCAACUGGCACAGCUGGAGACAGCCAGCUGCAGCGGGAGGCCCCCGCCUGGUGUACGUACACCUCAUCAGACACUGCAGCAGAUGCAGCAGCAGCAGCAGCAGCAGCAGCAGCAGCAGCAGCAGAUGCCGCAGCAGCAGAUACCGCAGCAGCAGCAGCAGCAGCAACAGCAGCAGCAGCAACAGGAGAAGAAAAGGAAGAAGAAACAGAAAAAGGAGAGAGAACAGAUUACACACAACGUACAGAAGAAACACCACAACACACACAAGACUCAGCUGCUGCUGCUGCUGCUGCUGCUGCUGCAGCAACAAAAGCUGCUGCUGCUGCAGCAAAUGAAACAGCAACACAUGAUACAACAGAAACUGAAGCAGCAGCAACUGCAGCAGCAACAACUGCAGCAGCAACAACUGCAGCAGCAACAACUGCAGCAGCAACAACUGCACACAGAUUACACACAACGUACGGAAGAAACACCACAACACACACAAGGCUCAGCUGCUGCUGCUGCUGCUGCUGCUGCUGCUGCUGCUGCUGCUGCAGCAACAGAAGCUGCUGCUGCUGCAGCAAAUGAAACAGCAACACAUGAUACAACAGAAACUGAAGCAGCAACAAAUGCAGCAGCAACAACUGCAGCAGCAACAACUGCAGCAGCAACAGCAGCAGCAGCGCCUGCAGCAGCAGUAACUGCAGCAGCAGCAACUGCAGCAGCAGCAACUGCAGCAGCAGCAACUGCAGCAGCAGCAACUGCAGUGCAGCCGCAGCAACUGCAGCAGCAGCAACUGCUGUUGAGUAUGGCCUCGAGGCUUCUCUUCUCCCUCCGACCCAGAAAACGCAAGAAGGUGAAGCAGCAGCAGCAGCAGCAGCAGCAGCAGCAGGAGAAGCAGCAGGAGCAACAGCAGCAGCAGGAGAAGCAGCAGCAGCAGCAGCAGCAGCAGCAACUGCUGCUGCUGCUGCUGCAUCACAGCAGCAGGAGAAGCAGCAGCAGCAGCAGCAGCAGCAGCAACUGCUGCUGCUGCUGCUGCAUCACAGCAACUGCAGCAGUUGAGUAUGGCCUCGAGGCUUCUCUUCUCCCUCCGACGCAGAAAACGCAAGAAGCGGCCGGAUUGGCUCCGUAUGCUCGAGGCUUCUUCAGUGAGCCUUCAACUCCGCAGCGGCCGCCAGUGAAGCGGCCAGCAGCAGCAGCAGCAGCAGCAGCAGCAGCAGCAACAGCAGCAGCAGCAGCAGCAGCAGCAGGGGGCAUAGCCUCUCCCUAUACGACUCCUCCUCGUCUGCGUGGAUCGAGCGUAUGCUCUGCUGCUGCUGCUGCUGCUGCUGCUGCUGCUGCUGGUGGUUGCUGCUGCUCUCCCAUGAAGCUGUCUAGGAGCCGCAGCAGCGGGAGCCUGAAAUCUGCUGCUCGGCUUCCUGCUGCUGCACUCAGUCGUGCUGCUGUUGCUGCAGCAGCAAAACGCUUCAGCCCCCUACCCCUUAUGGAGGCCCCCCUACAUUCAACCCCAAAAAAACAGAGAAGAAUACAGCAGCAGCAGCAGCAGCAGCAGCAGCAGCAGCAGGAGGUGGAUGAACAGGAUACACUAAUGCAUGGUAGCUGCAGUAACAGCAGCAGCAGCAGUAGCAGCAGCAGCAGCAGCAGUAGCAGCAGCAGCAGCAGCAGCGGUGGUAGUGCAGCAGACGGAGGCUGGACGGCAGUGAAAAGAGAAAAGGCCGUAGAGACUCAGCACCACCACCAGCAGCAGCAGCAGCAGCAGCAGCAGCAACAGCAGCAGCAGCAACGGCAGCAGGAGCAGCAGCAGGAGCAGCAGCAGCAGGAGCAGCAGCAGCAGCAGCAGCAGCAGCAGCAGCAAGAUGAAGCUGAAGGUAAGCAAAUGGAGCACGAGUAUGAGGAUCUGCAGCAGCACCACGACGAAGAGACCAACCAUCAGCAGCAGCAGCAGCAGCAGCAGCAGCAGCAGCAGCAGCAGCAACAGCAGCAACAGCAGCAGCAGCAUCACCAUACAAAUCCCUAUAAAACAAUCACCAACAUAUACCCUAGGGGCCCCCACAGCAGCAGAUGGAUGAACAGGAUACACGAAUGCAUGGUAGCUGCAGUAACAGCAGCAGCAGCAGCAGCAGCAGCAGCAGCAACAGCAGCAGCAGCAGCAGCAGCAGCGGUGGUAGUGCAGCAGACGGAGGCUGGACGGCAGUGA